AUUGUUAUUGAGCAAUAUAUGUUUGGGGUUUCCGGUUUCCCCUUAAUCACUUGCCCUAGCGACUAGCAUCCCCAAUUCUGUUUUAUCUCUUCGCAUUUCCCUACCCUCUGCCUCUCAAUCCUUCAUUAUCUACCUCAUGGCUCAGGCGGCAAGUCGAUCCAAAUUGCGGUGGGGAGAGCUAGAUGACGACGACGGUGAUCUGGAUUUUCUUCUACCGCCCAAGAAAAUUAUCGGUCCAGACGAGAACGGUGUGAAGAAAGUUAUUGAAUAUCAGUUCAAUGAAGAUGGUAAUAAGGUCAAGAUCACAACCACCACGCGUACUCGCAAGCUCGCCAAUGCUCGCCUCAGUAAACACGCCGUCGAGCGUCGAUCUUGGGCAAAGUUCGGGGACGCUGUGCAUGAGGAUGUCGGCAGCCGUCUCACUAUGGUCUCCACUGAGGAGAUCCUCCUGGAACGCCCUCGUGCUCCUGGUAGCAAACCAGAAGAGCCAAAGGUUGCAGGAGACCCUCUAGCUCAACUUGGAAAAGGUGGUGCUGUACUUAUGGUGUGUCGUACUUGUGGCAAAAAGGGUGAUCACUGGACCUCAAGGUGCCCUUACAAAGACUUGGCACCCCAAGGUGAGGGAUUGGAUAAGGCUACUGCACCAGAGGCUGCAGCUGCUGCACCUGGUGGUGCAACUAAGGGAACUUAUGUUCCUCCAGGCAUGAGAGCAGGAGCAGACAGGACUGGAACUGAUAUGAGACGCAGGAACGACGAAAACUCUGUUCGUGUCACCAAUCUCUCGGAGGACACGAGAGAGCCUGAUCUGCUUGAGCUUUUCCGACCUUUCGGUGCUGUUAGCCGAGUUUAUGUUGCAGUUGACCAGAAGACUGGUAUGAGCAGAGGAUUUGGUUUCGUGAACUUUGUGAACCGUGAGGAUGCUCAAAGAGCUAUCAACAAACUGAAUGGAUAUGGUUAUGAUAAUCUCAUCCUUAGAGUUGAGUGGGCUACUCCAAGGGCUACUUAAAAUGCCUUCUUUUUAUACUCUUUAUCUUUCAAACUCAGUGUGAUUUGUUUACUAUUAUAGCAGGACCCCACCCCCAACAUUUUGUUACUAAAUUAAUGAUGUGUUCUUGAGGUUCCUUGUGUUGAAAAAAAAAUGGUAAGUUGAGGACUUCUUGUACUUGAUAGUCAAAUUUUACCUGCUGUGGAAGUAUAUUUGAGUUUACUUUCGUUGGUUAAAAUCA